AUGCUUGGUGAUGGAGGGGAAUCCCCUUCUAGGUAUGAGUUGUUGAGUAUGGUGAAGAAACAUUCAAACUUAAUAGGAAAAACUGUAGUAGAUGAGCAAGAUGCUUCAGAUGUUGAAAUGGAUCAAAAGUUUUGGCAUGAUGUUUUAGAUUUAUAUUUCAUUGGUGGAAGGGACUCAAAAGAACAGCAGGAUGAUGAUCUCUUAUUCUUUGUUAGGAAAAUGGGCUUGCAUGGAUAUGGGUUCAAUGAUAAUCUUGAAGGCAACUCCCCUUACUUUGUUCGCAGGUGGGCUGCCAAGUUGGAUGAUUUAGUUGGAGAGAGCUCAGUAAUUAUAGAUUGGAGGCGUUCAUUGUACUUGAACUUAAUUGCCCACACUUCAUAUAGUGUAACAGUUGCAAUUUGCAGUCGUCAGUCUCUUCAGAAUUAUCAGAGUAACCAAGGAACACCACUCUCUCCUAUAUACAAGAUAUUGAAAACGGUGUAUGCAUCUCCAAGCCGUGUGAAUUUCCACUUGGACUCGAGAAAGGAAGUGGAGACAAAACCUGCAUAUCCGGAUAUCUGUUUUGCAGUUGAUGACUUUGAUUCAACCUUCGAUGCCGUGGUUUUGACAGAUACAGACCAUUGCUACUGUGUACUUCUAAAUGCAGUUGGAGGGGCAGCAUUCCCCACUCAAAUGCCAUCACAAGAUGAUACUAGUUCAAGUGAAACUGGACAAAUUAAUAAAACUAAGCUUACUCUCUUCUCAGGAUUUGUGAGCUACCAAAUGGUUCGUGAAGCCUAUGAUGCUGGUAAGUCGGGAUUUGGAAGCCUAUUGGCAUUUGGUCACUCUUCUGGCAAAACAAAAACAGACAGGAUAUACAUGAAAGGUCCUGGAGGCCGUGGGGAGGUUGAGGUUGCAGUUUCUGGCGUUGCAGAUCAUAGCCUAGAUGAGGUUGGUUUUGGGUCUCCUCACUCGCCUUUACAUAUAUCAGAAGGAGGAUUUAAGAUUGGUGCAAUGGUACGCAAAGCUGCAUCUGUUGCACAGGUGGCUGCAAAAAAUGCAUAUGCAGCAGCAGCCGCCACAAGGAAUAAUUCAGAUGGCGGAAUGGACAUGGUCCCACUCAAAUGCUGCCUCAUGUCAAUUUCACUUCCUUGGGAACAUAUUGCUCAUGAUCUUCUUUUCAAGCUCAAGGCCGAUGUUUUUCAGUGACUCAUUUAUCAUCUUCUUAAG